AUGACCGGAGAGAAACAAGAAAGCUUCAAAAUCCUAAUGUUCCCAUGGCUAGCUCACGGCCACAUCUUCCCAUACCUCCAACUCUCCAAAAACCUCAUAGCAACUCACAACUUCACCAUCUACCUCUGCUCCACCGCCGUCAACCUCCACUACCUCUCAAAACACGCCACCGCCUCUCUCCAACUAGUAGAGCUCCACAUGCCAUCUCCCCCUGAGCUCCCUCCCCACCUUCACACCACCAAGAACCUCCCUUCCAGCCUCAUCCCAACCCUCAUCCACAACUUCCAAGAAUCAACCCUCAGCUUCACACAAACCCUCCAAACCCUAACCCGGACCUUGUCAUCUUCGACACUUUCCAGCCGUGGGCCCCCAAGAUCGCCUCUUCCAUGGGGAUACCUAGCGUCUACUUCUCUGUCUGCGCGCCUCCUCCAUCUCCUACCUCCACCACCUCCACACGUAUGGAACCAACGAUGGAUUCCCAUCUCCGGCAAUGAGCAUGCCGGAGUCAGAGAUAGCCCGGAUGAGGAACCCGGUUCGGCCGAAUAUAAGGGGGCUGAUGAUGACUAUCCCUUUGGGAAUUAUAGAAUAUCCACCGACAUUGGAUUGGUGAAGAGCUGUAGAUGUAUUGAAGAGAAAUAUGUGGACUAUCUUUCGACCUUAAGCAAGAAAAAGAUCGUUUGCACUGGUCCAAUGAUUGCUUCCGAUGCUGACGGGACGACAUGUUCGAAAGUCUGA